UCAAAAUUUGAAGACAAGCAGCACGGAAACAAACGAAACAAGUUUUAAAAAUACACGAAAUAGAGACCCUAAAACCUCUUCACCCUCUUUCUCUUUCUACUUUUCUCUCUCAUUUACGUCUCCAGUCUCAAAUUCUCCGAUUAUCAGAGGGUUUAUCUCCUUGCAAUAGGAUUUUAAGCUUUGUUUUUCCUCUCCAGGAUCAUCUGAGCUAACAGGAGGUUUGAGAAGAUGGAGUCUCAUGACCAGACAGGAUGCCGAACUCCGGAAUGCCCCAUGCCUUGCGUUAACAACUGUGGCUUCUUCGGACGGGGAUCGACGAUGAACAUGUGUUCUAAAUGCUACAAGGACGCUCUGCUCAAACAAGAACAAGAAAAACUUGCAGCCUCAUCUAUUGAGAACAUUAUGAAUGGAAGUUCAAGUAACAACGGGAAGGAGCCUGUCGUUACAGAAUUGAUCGAUGUACAGGCCGGAGUUACGGAGACUAAGAUAUCUUCAAUAGAAUCAUCCAGCAUUUCCUCCUCGAACAAGAGCUGUGAAGAAGUCAGCAUGAAAGAGCGCCCGAACCGAUGUGCCACUUGUAGAAAGCGCGUUGGUUUGACUGGGUUCGAUUGCAAAUGUGGGAAUCUCUUCUGUGCUGUUCAUCGUUAUUUCGACAAACAUAACUGUGAUUUUGAUUAUCGCGCUGCUGCUCAGGACGCCAUUGCUAAAGAAAAUCCUGUUGUUAAGGCUGAGAAGCUCGAUAAGAUUUGAAGUCGAUGCCCAACGCUUUAAGACCUACGCAUCUCGGUCCAUGCUGGACGUUUCCUUUACCAGGCAUCGAUGGUAUUAUAUCACGGAAGUCGUGAUGGGUGGAUCUUUGAAGUCCUGGACAUGGCAAAGGUUCCAUUGUUGGCUUCAUUGUGUGAUUUCUUUGUGGAUUUAAUGAAUUCAUGAGUUUCCUCUGCAAUGACAUUCUACUCUGUAUGCAUUUCUUUACCCAUUAUGUUAAAUGGUAUUUGCCCUUUUACUUGUUCGC